AUGGAGUCAAAAUUUUGGCCAGAGCUUAUGAAAGAUCUUGAACAACUUUUUGAAAAUAAAGAAAAUUAUGACGUUAUUAUACAAGCGGGAGAAGAACCAAACGUACAAGAAAUUUAUGCUCAUUCCAUAAUUCUCUGUUGUCAUUCAAAUUAUUUUCGUUCUAAUUUGAAGGAAAAGGAGAAUGGAAGGUACAUUUUAAAGAAAUCUAAUAUUCCAUCAAAAAUUUUGGAAAAUAUUCUCAGGUUCUUAUAUUGUGGAAAGAUUAAUUUAAGUGUUGAAAGUUCUUCAGAUAUUGUGACUUUAUUAACAACGGCAAACGAAUUUGAAUUACAUUCACUUGUUAAACAUAUUCAAGAAUUUUUAAUUGAUAAUCAAGAAGAAUUUAUCAAAAAUAAUGUGGUUAAAUUUCUUGAAAAUAUUUUUCAAAGUGAAACAUUUGAACUUAUAAGAAAUUAUUGUUUAGAAAUAAUUUGCGGUACUCCAGAGUUAUUGUUUGAAGAAAAUACUUUUUUAAAAUUAUCGUCCCAAAUGAUUGAAUUCAUUCUCAAACAAGAAAAUAUUGCAUUAGAUGAAAUUGAAAUUUGGAAUAAUUUGAUAAAAUGGUCAUAUGCUCAAAAUCCUAAUAUUGAUCAAGAUCCUUUAAAAUGGACCAAUGAUGAUAUUGAAGUAAUGAAACGAACCACACAUAGAUUAAUUCCAUUGAUUAGAUUUCAAGAUAUUUCUUCUGAUGAUUAUUAUGAGAAAGUAUUUCCUUAUGAAGAAUUAUUAUCAAAAAAACUAAAGGGUGAAAUCAUGCAAUUUUAUUUAGUAUCUAAUAGUACAACAAAAAUUAUUAUUAGUUCAUUACCAUCAAGAUUAAAGAGAUCUAAACAACAAUUGGAAUAUGAUUCAGUUAUUAUUAAGUCUCAACAUUUUGAUAUUUUUGCUAGUUGGAUUGAAAAGAAAAAUAGUUCUUAUUAUAACGUAAGAAAUAUUCCAUAUAAAUUUGAUUUACUUUAUCGUGCUAGUAGAGAUGGUAAUACAGUUGCAGUGUUCCAUGAAAAAUGUGAUAAUAAAGGACCUACUAUAGUUAUUGCAAAAAUUGCAAAUUCAGAAAAAAUAGUUGGAGGAUAUAAUCCAUUGGACUGGAAGCCAAUUUUAAAUAAUGAUAAUUAUUAUAAGUCAACAAAUGAUAGUUUUAUUUUCUCAUUUACAGAUAGAAAUAACCUUCAAACUUCAAAAGUGAGUUAUCCAAAGAAAGAUUGUCAACUAUAUUCUAUAAAUAGUUAUUCAGAUUAUGGGCCAAUAUUUGGUGCUGGUCAUGAUUUAUGGUGUCAUAAUAAUGGUAUCUGGACAUGUAGUUCACAUACUUAUUCAAUUGAUUUACCAUAUACUUUUAAUGCAAAUGAUUAUGAAGUAUUUCAAAUUAUUGAAGAUAAGUAA